AUGCGCAGUAAAGAUUAAGAUUUCGAGAAGCAAAAAGCUCUACUUUAAUAGAAAAUUAAUCUUUAUUAACAGGAGAUUCAAGAAUUAGAGGAAAAGGAGUAAUCUUAGAAAAGGUUAUAUGAUAAGAUGAUAAGCGCACUUGAUCAAAGUGAUAGUAAUAAAAUAACUAAUGAUGAGAUUUAAGAAUAUCAAAGGAAAAUUUCUGAUUUAGAAUUAGAGUUGGAGAAAAGUAAGUCAGAGUACAAGAUGCGAAUAUUGAUGCUGCAAGAUGAUUUAAAUACUGAGAGAUAAAUAUUAAUGAAUUUAAGAUAGGAAAACGACUUGCUAAACCUUAAGGUUAAGGAGAUGUAGAGCUCAUACGAAAUUCAGAUUACUGAAAAGAAUCUUAAGAUUAAAUAGCUAGAGGAAAGCCUACUAAGGAAGGACGAGUAAAGACGCCAACUGUUAGACUUAAAAGAAUAGGAUCAUUAGGGUAAACUAGCCAAGUUGCUGUAAGAGACUAAAGAUAAGCUGGAUUAACUUCAAAAUUUAAAGCAAACUGAGCUUGAAUGCUAGAAGUAAUUAUUCGACUAAAAAUAUCUAGAUUUAAAGGUAUAGAAUGAUGAAGAAAAUUAAGUUUUUGCUAUUGAAAAUGCAAAUCUAAAGACUAGAAUAACAGAAAUGGAUGAAAUAAUUAAAGAAAAGGAGAGGUAAAUAGAAAAGCUAAAAACUGAAUAAUCUAAUCAGAUACAAAUUGGCUAGCUGGCUUCUUAAUUUGAGUAAUUCCGUCUGCAAUCUUAGGAAGGUAAUGGUAAAUAUCUCUAAGAAAAAGAGGAGUUGAGACAGAAAGCAGAUAAAAUGGAGAAGCUGUACAUUAAGACUAAAGCCGAAUUCAAAACAUAGUUAAGCGUGCUUGAAAUGAACAACAAACAACUUACUUCAAAGAUUUAAAGCUAGUAGAUAGUAGUAGAUCAAAUGGAUGUUAUUCGAGAAGAACUGAAAAAGUAUAAAAAGAUAGUGAAUACAUACAAAGAAAAGGAUAGUAAAUUUGAGACGAAAAUUAAGGAUCAGUAGAAAGUAUACUUAGAAUAGGAGGACAACUUAAAAAAGGACUUGGAAAUUUAUAAAAGUUAAAAUAAAAAGUUGAAAGUCGAAAUAGAGUAAAUUAAGAUUAUGAGUGCUAAGGUCAAGGAUGAUAUUGAAAAACUGAAACUAGACCACAUUAAGGAGAUAUCUAAUUACAAGUAAUCAAUUGAAAAGCUGAGAUCUAAACUUAAGAGAUAUACCUUAAGCUCAUAAAAUAAUUGCAACAAUCCGAAUACUGUAAUUAAUGCCUCUAUUACAUUAAGUGGUAAUUAGCAGAACAUCUAAUUUGACCAAGAAAACCAGCCUUAUUAUGAAGAUAUGUCUGAAUAUUAGAGUUCUUUGGCCUUGCAUAAAUACAACAAACACUCACAGAUAACAUAGGAGAAUAAUAAAAGAGACAACUUAGGCUAUUCAAAGCAUUAGCCCUACAGUUCUACCCUCUCUGGUAAUAACAUCUUGAUAUCAACAAAUUCUCAGACCUAAAAAAAUGUUGAAUUAAGUAGGCAAAAGAGCGCCGGUAAACUUACAUCUAAAGCUCAAAGUUCAAAGACCUUUAAUCUUAGUUCAACGAAUGAGUAAGUCAAUAGCAAUUCAAAUAAGGGUAGUUUGAUUGAAACAAAACCAAUGAACAACAGAAAUAAAUCACCUCUGAGUCAAAUAAUGACUGAUAGCAAUAUUAGAAGCUCGACAAAUAUGAGAUCAUCACUUAUUGCAACACCAAAAGAUAAGUACUAAUUGAUUAAUAAUCAAAGUAACAACAGGAAUCAGGAACCUCAAACAGUAAGUGAUUAUAUGAUCAAACCUCAGAGCAAUAAAAUGUAUGAUACAAAUCAAUUAGCAAAGUCAAUAAGUUAACUUAAUUUUGGCUUGCAAAACAGGCAUAGAAUGACUUAAAAUUUCUCAAUGGUAGACUCAAACCUCUAAACUUCUAUUCUACCAUCACCUUAUGAACCAGUUUAGACUGAGCACGAUAUCUAACAUAACAAGAUGGAAAUAAUACAUUAAGACAUGAAAUAAAAUCAUUAUGUUGACUAAGUAAAAUCACUUAAGAAAGAAAUUUAGAAGCUUGUUACAGUCCUUAUGCAAAAAGAGGGGAAGUUGCCGGAAAACCAAAAAUUUACCAAUGGUUAAUUUGUAAUAAAAGUUCAUAAUAAAAACAAGAAAAAGAAAAAGGAUAUUACUGUUGACCAAUAUGAAGAUGCUACUAUGGUUGUGGAUGAGUUGAGUGAAGAUCUCAACCUACUUGAUGACAGAGAGAAGAAAGAUAAAUCUAACAGAGUACUAGACUAGCAAGGGUACUCACCCAGACAGUUAUUCAAUAUUUAUCCAUCUUUAUCACCCAGAGGUAUUUUCGAUAAGUUUAAUUGA